ACAUCUAUGUGUUUUUCGGAACACCUCGUAACUUUUCUUUGAAAAUACAUUUUCAACCGUAUGCGAUGGCAGAGGUUCAAGAGAGGGACUUUUUUGAAAUUGAAGGACCAAAGCCAGAUGUAACAUACCCAAUGAAAGUUGCAUACUGUGGAGAAUGCUCCAUGCCUUUAGAGUAUUGUGAAUAUUACCCAAAUUAUGAAAAAUGCAAGAGAUGGCUUGAGAAAAAUCUACCAGAUGAAUUCAGCAAAUUAAUGAGUGAUAAACCAGAAGAAGAAGGAGAUGGAGACACAGAUAAGAAACGACAGAAGCGAGGUGGAAAGGGACAGAUAAAAACAAAGAAGAAAUCAGAGCCUAAAGGCAUUAGACUGGGAACAGCCAAAAGGGGCAAGAAGAAGCAUAUAACUGUGGUUAUAGGUUUAGGAACAUAUGAUAUUGAUUUGAAGGAAGCCAGUAAAGUGUUCUCGUCAAAAUUCUCGUGUGGGUCAUCAGUAACCGGGGAUGAUGAAAUCGUCAUACAGGGGGACGUUUCAGAUGAUCUGUUUGAAUUCUUACCAGAAAAGUGGCCACAGAUUGACGAGGAUGACAUAGAUGAUGUUGGAGAGAUGAAAAAAUAGGAAUGUGCAUAAUUUAGGACGACUUGUUAUAUCUCAUCUGUGCCUGUGCUUAUAUGUGAAUUUUCCAACAUUUAUGAAUUCUGAAAAAAAAGAAAUAUUCGGAACUGAGCGUGGGAUGGAAAUCAAAACUCUAUUCAAAGUUUACAACCCAAGUUCACAACCCAAAAUGUGUUCCGAAUUGCACAAAUGGUUUUUCUCUGCUGACUAUCCUUGAAAAUAUUAUAGAUUUUGAUUUAGGUGUAUGUUUUGAAAGAUCAUUGUGAAAUGGUACUUUUCAUGCAGAUAAUUCUGCAUUUUUGACCCACUAUAUGUACACAAGUACAGAAAAUAGAUAUACUGAAAUUAUAUGGUGUGGGUGAUUUCUAGUACUUGUUUGAGGUUACUUGAAUCAUGAAAAAAUUUUAAACAUCUGGAUGAUUUAUUUAAAAGUAAUUGUAAUUCUUUUCUACAGAGAGUGAGGUUGCUUUUGAUGAUGUUUGUUUUUGAUGAUAUCGCCUCUCCCGGGGUGAUUUUUAGGUCGACUUUUGUAUGAUUUUUAUUCAGCUGUAGCGGUAUAAUGGUUUUGUCAUUAUUCAGUCAGUCCAACAUUUGAUGUUGAUACAGUUUUGUCUAUAAAAAAAACAUCCACACACUA